AUGGGAGGUGGCGAAGAAGGUGAUGAUGUGAAAAGUAGAAGAGUAAUAGUGGAGGCAAGGGCAGUAUGCAACAUCAGCAGCAAAGGGUUGGGUGGUUCAAGAGUUUGGAGGGGUCAGACGAGAGCUCACCUUUAUGAUCAGAGCAACGGAGGCGGUGAUUCCAACAAGAUCAAUGUCACUUGGAACCUCCAGAAUGGAUCAGAGGGUGGUGUUGCUGAGAAUGGUGGAACUGAAGCCAGGUGCCCUGUUUGUUCCAGGAGUUUCCAUUCGAAGAAGGCCAUGCACGGGGACAUGAGGUGCCAUCCUGAGAGAGAAUUGAGGGGGGUCAAUCCUCCGCCCUCGACCAAGACUACUUCUUCCUCCUCUGUGUCGCAGGAAAUUGAUGGUUUGAGCCAUUGA